GUCAAAGUUGACUCAUACGUGUUCCUCUACAUUAUUCUGGAUCCCUUUAUCGUGUAACUCGAAGUCGUGAUAUUAUCUUAGUCAAACUUUCUCGAUAACAAACUUUGGGCAGGUGGUAUCUUAGAAGCGUAGUCGACAAGUCUCAAGAGCUCCUCGGCUUCCGGAUUUCUUCCAAGCCCUUGAGCGGUCAAGUAUUGGAAGAAUCUGAUUCCGAUAGACUAUCCAUUUUCCAUCAAAGCUUCUCAGCCAGGUUCUCUAUCUUGAGUCUCUUGAAGAUACGAGACAAGCCCCUCGAAGAACUUUAUCAAGAUGCCAUCAUCUGAUCGCACAGCUCAACUUGGAAUUUGGCGUGAUAUCGUUGCUAGCCUUCACGAGAAUACUAAGCCAGCAGAUGAUCGUCUCGACUCUAUUCGACAGUGUUUCAAUGAACUCGAUUCGGAAGGGUUUAUUUGGUCAAAGGAAUCGAUCUUUGGUAUCUUUACUGAGCUCGGUCUAUCAAAAAUCUCACAUGGACGCUUAUCGCCUCUGAACAAUUCUCAAGGACAUGAAGUUUCCUCCGUCAAAGUCAAAGACAUCACUCAGAUUGAGAAAUCGAAACAUAAAUCUCGUCCUGUGGGACUCGCGGAUCUCCCUAUCGAAGUUUUUUACAAGAUACUCGAGCAGCUUGAUUUCAUAGCUGUGGAUGAAGUCUGGAAAAUUUACAAAGAAAAGCUCGAACGUAGGGUGAUGAUCACCGGCCCAGUUUACGGGAAUUACAUGACCUACUUGCACCGAAACUCCCCAAUCUUGAAUAGUACCCAAAGCUUUUCACUGACGUCUCGUCAGAUAUAUUCCUUAUGUCGUCCAUGGCUAUGGCGAAAACUAGAGUUUCCUUCUUCUCUUCCUGCACCAAUUGAUCUUUGGACCGAAGAUAUUCUCGUCAGACAAGGUGCCCAUGUUCAAACUUUAAAAGUCAUGCUCUCCAAGAACUGUAGUAAACCUCCGGGUCAAUUUGCGAAGGAGGAGCCCUUCUAUGACAAUCUCAGCCCUUUGUAUUAUGUCGAUCGAUUAGAACUUUAUCAAUCUAAAGAUCAACAAAAACCUGGCGAUGGCUCUUUUGGCUUCAAUCUAUCUCAACUAAAAUCGUUAUCAAAGUUAACUUUAUGGCAGAUUGAAGAUAUAGAUGUAAACUGGUGUCUUUACAAUUGGCCCAGAACGAUUACUAAGCUUAUGAUCCUAGAAUGCGGCGAUUUAUCACUGAGUUCGGCGCAUCAGAUAAUUCAUCACAUCGCCCCCCACUUGACAAAGCUUGAUCUCAAAUUUUCCUAUAAGCUUGAUGGUGACAGCUGGGAAAUCGAUCCUAGCUGGGAUACUGAAAAAAAAUUCUCUCUUCCAUUUUUGACCGAAUUGUCGCUGUCAACCCGGAACGCGCACUUGCUAGAGAGCUUUCAAGACUGUAAAUAUCUACGUCGUCUUGAAUGGACGUACAGGACUUCAAAGCAUUGCAGGUCACUGAACAUGAUGCUGUUUAAUAACACUUGGCCUCAGCUCAAGAUUUUGUAUGCAACUCAUCACUGGCGGUUAAGACUACCCGCUCUUGAUCCUCGACUACAAGAGAUAGAGGAUCAAUUAACCGUGUUGGAAAAGCAUUUUGAGCAAGCCAAUAUGGAAGGAUUCAUUCGCCGGCCUAACUUUUUUGGUCAAUAG